UGAUAGUUGUGCGUUUUGCGCUUGCUGCCGGCUUGUUUCUUGUUUAUCGCUUGUUUAUAACGUUUAUAAGCAAAUUCAUCUCUGUGCACAUCGAUAUUACUAUAAAUUUUAGUAAAUCAUGAGCAAGGCACAUCCUCCCGAGCUUAAAAAAUUCAUGGACAAGAAGCUUGCCCUGAAGUUGAACGGAGGCCGCUAUGUGACUGGAAUCCUGAGAGGAUUUGACCCGUUCAUGAAUCUGGUUGUCGAUGAAUCUAUCGAGGAAACCAGAGAAGGACACAAGAAGAAUAUUGGCAUGGUGGUCAUUCGAGGGAACAGCAUCAUUAUGUUGGAGUCGCUAGAUCGAAUUUAGCAGCUCUUCAGCAACCUGCAAGUCACCAUCAUUUUUUUCUGUGAACGGAUGAGAAAAACGCAUUUCAACAAUAUCCUUUGAUCGUGUCUCUUACUUCAUAUUAUAAGCUAGGUUAAUAAAGAAAAUCACCAAAAUGUAA